UGAGAUUGCAGGCCACUUCAUUACCUCAUUCCUGUUCCUGUUUUUCUCUCCUUACAAUGUUUUAAUCUUGGCUUCUUUCACGGGUCACUGCUUCGUAUGACAGCCAGGAUUCCGUUAACACCUGGGGAAGCAGUCUUGAGCUCCCCGCAGACUGCCUCCACUCCGUUGCCCUCCAGAUGCCAUGAUGGACGUUGAUCCUCUUUCCCCUAUUGCACCUGCGCGGGUCCGGGCCCUUUUACUUCCAGUGGGAAAAAUAAGGAAGUCGAGGUUUUUGGGAUUUGCGGCAAGACUUCAAGCGGAAAAUAUAAUUCGCUUGGGAGAUAUUAGCCCUGAUGCGCGGCCAAACCGAAACAUGUUUUCGCCGCUGGCGUUUCCUACGGGAAUGAUCCUCUUCGACCUGUCUUUCUCAGUUCCUCCGAUAUCACAUUUGGAUUUGUUUCCUUUCGAGAUCUUCAGAGAACCGUUGGUUAUCAUUGCGAUAGCUGAUGGAGCAGAGCUGUCACAGAGCCCAGGGGAGACAUUUAGAGGAACAGAAUCAAAUAAAGAGCAUGGGAAUGUGAAAGUCCCGACACCGGAUGGACUUGAUGAGCUCCUGAAAGAGCUGGACAUGGCAAGGGAGAAGAACUCUAGAGCGUUGGUCCAUCAACUUCUAAUAUUUGAUUUUGAUGGGCUGGACAACCUCGUCAGUGGCCCGGAUGAUGUUUCAUGGAUUCCACGACCCGAAGCUUCGAGAGCUACAACUAUGAAAACUGUCCUAUGCGAUAUAACCUCACUUCUUCUUUCGGAAUUGGAUGAAUUUGCGAAAACGCUGCAAACUCUACCUUCUAUUGAAUCCCCAAAAGCUCUGUCGUGGGGUCCUCAUCGAGGUCCAGAAAUACGCCCUCGACCGGUGGACAAGAUGGCCCAUCGAAUGACUAUGCCAACGCAUCUCCCGUCUAGUCCAAAUGGUAUAUCUGAAACUUCGUUGAGUUCCGAACAGAGUACACCGACUUCCAGAGAUUAUGAUACUCCUACAACGUUUGAUGAAAUAACGCGCUCCAUACAGUUGGCGAACCGAAGUUUAAUAAAUAAGACAAGUUCCAUCUCAUCUCCCAAAGAGCAUAGUCGCGACCGAAUGUCGACCAGUAAUAUGAGCGCGAGUGAUCGAGUCAAGAACCGGAUCAAAGGACGUCGUGGAGUGGUGAUCGGUUCGCUCUAUCUUAAGGUAGGCCGAUGGCCGGAUGCUCUAAAGGAGCUCGUUGAGGCCGCGGCAACGGCCAGAGCGGGCAGCGACUACGUGUGGUAUGCUAAGGCUCUUGAGUUGAUUUUACUCUGCCUGAUUAUGUUUGGCUGGGCAGGGAUGGACUUUCAGAUACCUCCUAUUUGUUAUCCGAUUGCAGACAAAUCUUCAAAAUCAUCUAUCGGCAACUUUGAUCCCAGUUCAGUGCCUGGGAAUCGCAUUGUUUCCCUCCAAAAUCUGGCUAAUUUGCUUCCCGAUCUUUCAAAUAACAUUCUCCAUCUUUAUAACCGUGCGGCCAAUAUCACAGACGAACCGGUGCCUCAAUUGGCUUACUCUGAAACAGUGAUCCGUCUUGCAAGGUUACUGGUAGUCGUUCGGACCCGUGAUGGGACGCUGGAUGAUAAUGCAUUGAGAUCUAUAGUUAUGAAUGAGCCUUUAGUGCCGCUGCAGCAGCCGGAACGCCAUCGAGGAACAGUCAUUCUUCGAAAAUCUGAUAUAGUGAACUUUCUUUUUCGCGCAUUUCCACCACAGAAUUCCAACCUACCUGCCACUGAUUUUGUCCCUAUCGUGGUUGGGGUGGCCUCUGUCUUGAGUGCUUUGGAUCUCCCUCGAAAGAAAGCUCUGGUCCUAAAGGGGCUUCUUUCAACAAUGGUGCCCACUCUUGUUCAAGCUCGUAAGAUCGGUGCCGCAGAGGCUGGAAUUCAUCCGGCAGCUGGUUUGGUAUCGCUGAGUGACACUGCUUUUGAUAUCAACGCCCUCGAUAUUGGCCCGGGGAAUAUGGAAGAAAGUAUACGCUCUGUUCUUGCAGCAAUAGGGGAAGUGUAUGGCGUUCAGCGGUCGGAAUUCUACGAUUUAGAGAAAAGCGAUGAAGACCAGCGCCACUCUGCGUACGAUUCUGUCUCAGCUAUCAUCGAACGAGCUGCUCGUCAUUCUGUAUUGAACGGAUAUGGAGACCUCAAUUUGAAAAUUGAUGUUCUUAGGACGUGCAUCAACUGCUGCGAAGCGCUACCUGACUUUGAAGGUGUUCUUCGUUUUACGGUUGAGCUCCUUCAAACAAUUAGAGGAGAUUUAAUGCUCACUGAAACCUACAGAGUUCCCCCAUGUUUGCCUCCGGAUGAGCAAGUCAGACUUUUGAACAAUAUAAAACGAACAGUUGGUGCAGCUCAGAGAUUAGGCCUGCCUGACUUAUCCGCAGAAUACUGGGAUGACUUUCUAGUCCGCGGCGUUCAACUGCUACCUCUCCCAGGCUCAAGGAGGCCUGUUCGCCAAUCCAAGGCGGACCCAGGUGCAAUAAUUAACCACGAGAAAUCUACCAAGGAUCCGUUUUUAUAUAAUCCUUUCUCUAAGCCAAGUAGCAAAUUGACUGAGCUACUCAUGGUUACUGGUGAACAUGCAUCAUUCAAAGUCACGCUCCAAAAUCCUUAUGAAUUCGAUCUAGAAAUCGAAAGCCUCCGUCUUCACAGCGAGGGCGCACCGAUAGACGCCCGGAUGGAAGGCAUUUUACUCCCUCCACUUUCGUUGCAAGAGAUUAUAGUUUCUGGCGUUGCCCAUACAGAAGGUGUUCUUAACAUCACUGGUUGUAUAGUCAAGAUUCGGCAUUGUCGCGAGCGAAAGUUCCCCAUCUUUACGACGUCAUGGAGACCUGAGCCUGAAAUUAAACUCAAACGCACUGGACUGUCGGCGAAAAUACCUUUGAUCCAACGCCAUCUGUCCUGGAGCUCUUCAGGUUCGAAGGAAGGCAAGGUCUUCUCAAAGAAGGGCCCAGAGACAUCUCCCUGCGAGGUCAAAGUCAUUCGUCGACAACCCUCACUCGUUAUAGAAACAAUGUCGUUGUCCCAAUCUGCAAUGAUGGUUCUGGAGGGUGAAACAAGGUCCUUCAAAAUUACGCUCCGUAAUAUUUCUGACUGCCCUCUUGAUUUUAUCCAUUUCACUUUCCGCGAUUCUACAGCCAGGCAGAUUGAGUCUGCCCUGACUAAUAAAGACCUUUUACCAGAAGAGGUAUAUGAGCUGCAACUGAAGCUAUUAACCCGGCCGGGACUGAGAUGGCAACGUGAUGAUUCCUCGACGGGGAAUAUCUCAAUACCUGCUGGCCAAUGUGCUACGUACACUGUUGAUGUCUUCGGGAAACCAGGCCUACAAGAUGCAGUGGUUCAGAUUGACUAUGCCAGCAUUGGCCUAUCCAGCAGCGAGUUGCCAGAUGUAUUCUACACAAGACAACUGUUCGUUCCGCUCACUAUCACGGUAAAUGCUAGCAUAGAAGUGAUGCGCUGUGAUAUACUUCCGUUCAGCGAAGAUUUUGCCUGGUGGAACAGUUUAGAAGACGACCCGAAGUUGGAGACAAACAAAGAUGAAAUCGUUCAGAGUCUGGUAAAGUCAUAUCCUAUCAUCAACAGCAAUGUUGACAACAGUCGAUUUUCGUCGGUGCUCUCACUCCUUAGGAGGAGCCCGCAUGGACAUGAUCAUUGCAUUGCCCUGCUUGAUCUUCGGAACGCCUGGCCGAGUCCUAUUUCAGUGUCACUGAACAUCAGCGAGCAACCUAUUAUAUCUUCAACAGAGAUACUUCCAAGUCAAUGUGUGGAUGGCGAAUAUAAAGUCGAUGGGGAAUUGCAACCGGGUCAGAUAUCUCGGUUCGUUCUUGUUCUUCCCCGCAUCCAUCUAGACAAUCCCCGUGCUCCUAUUCCACUUCUCAAUACUGGAUUUAAGAGACAAUUCGUCGUCAGUGCAAAUAAACAGACGUUCGAAGCUGAAGCAGCGUCGAGAGAGGCAUUCUGGUACAGCGAAGAGCUUCUCAAGAGAAUAUUUGGAACAUGGAGUGAGACUCUCGGCGGGCGAAAAGGGGUGAUUGAUUUGAGAAACAUUCGUUUGAAUUCUCGGAUGGUGGAUGCCAUUCAUCUGGAGGAUGUGAACGUCUCCUUUUCGGUGGCUCCGCUCGAGGUCGAUGCGGCUGCCCAGGAGAGCAACGCGGUCGUGCAAACCGGAUGUUCGAAGUAUAAUGUGAAAACGGACAAAUUACUGAAACUUGUCGUAAUAGUUCGCAAUCGUUCUUCCAAACCCAUUCACCCUCUUCUCAGACUACAGCCAAGCCUCCGCAAUCAGCCCAGCAAUAUUGCCCUUGACCUUUCACGGCGUCUUGCAUGGACGGGAAUGCUACAGAGGGUUCUCCCCGUUUUGCAUGAGGGUGAAAGUGCUCAGGCAACUCUUGGGGUUACUGUCCUCUGCAAAGGGGAAUAUGAAUUCGGAGCCAGUAUAGAGGAAGUCCGGGUCUUGGAGAAGUCUUCCUCAGCCAAAGACGGCGGCCUAGACAAAACUGCGCAUACAUCGGUAGUCUAUGAUAAUGAGGGCCCUAUCAAAGAUACCUUCGGCGCUGGCGUCGUCAGGAGAAGGCGGAUCUGGCAUUCAAGGGAAGCUUGCAUUAUGAACGCUCAUGAUUAAAGCAAAACUAGUCGGCCUGUUUCUCUUCGUUCUCACGGUUGGCUUAUUUGGGACAUGGCUCAUGAUGUUGCUCAUGCCUGUAUAUACCUAUGUUGGACAAGCUUUCUUUUCAAUGAUGCAUACGAUGAUACCAUUAGAUGAUAUUUUUGCCAUUUUGAAGGAGUACGUUCCCCUUCUUUUGUUUUCUGUGUGUUCUUCCUCCCUAGCCCUUGCAAUAGACUGUUCAUAUUCUCGUCAGACAUCCUAU